AUGCUACCCCAAACCCUAACCCGCAAGGCCGCUCUCGAGUCCUUCGUCCGCAUGCCCGUCACCCCCGCCAUGAUCUCACACCUCGCCCUCACCGCCAGCACCGUCAUCCGCUGCGAGCCCCCAAGCACCACCACCGCCCCCACCACCACCCCAUCAAACUCCCCCCCGCUCCCCACCCUCGAACAAUUCAUCACCUCCCUCGUCGACCGCAGCCACGUGCAAGUCCCCACGCUCAUGUCCUCCCUCGUCUACCUCACGCGCCUUCAGCGCCGCCUCCCCUCCGUCGCAAAAGGCAUGCGCUGCACCGUGCACCGCAUCUUCCUCGCAUCACUCAUCCUCGCCGCCAAGAACCUCAACGACUCAUCGCCCAAGAACAAGCACUGGGCGCGCUACAGCGCCGUCCGCGGCUUCGAGGCCUUUGGCUUCUCGCUCACAGAGGUCAACCUGAUGGAGAAGCAGAUGCUCUUCCUGCUCGACUGGGACCUGCGCAUCACAAACGAGGACCUCUACGAGCACCUCGAGCCCUUCCUCGCCCCCAUGAUUGCCGAGCACAACGACCUCCACAGCGACUACUACUACUACGACUGCGCCACGCCGCCCAGCUCGGGCCGCAGCUCGCGCGCAUCGGACCGCAGCGUCGAUAGCAGCAGUAGCCGCUCCUCCGAGGAGGAGGAGGAGGAGAAGAGCGUGGCGUCGUCGGCGUCGUCGUUGGCUGCCGCCGACUACUACAACUACCCAACCCCGCCAUCGACCGCGCCGUCGUCGGCGGUCAUCCCGACGCUGGCGCGCAGCGGGAGCGUGUCGAGCGUUGACAGCAGCUGCGCGGGCCGCCGUGGCCGGGAGGAGAAGAAGGGUGCGGUCAGCAGCGUGGUGCGCGAGAAGCGCAGCCGCGGCGUGUCGGCGACGAUUUCAAGGUUUUUGGCGAGCGCGAGUCCUGCGGGGAGUAGGAGUCGGAGUCGCGGACGGACUCUUACUACUACACCGGCGGCGCUGGCGAGGGAGUAUCUAUGA